AUGGAGGAAAUUUCAGCCUCGUCGCUGCAGAAUGGCCACGCUCAGAAUGGCUAUUCUCACGUGCCCAAGAGACUAUAUUCCAUCUCUCGACCACCCUUGCUAUCUUCCUUUCAAAACAUCUGCUCUCAAUCCACCAACCACGACACUUAUCCCCUCGCAGCGACGGUCAAGUCCAACGUUCCCAUCUACGACCUAGCCACUGCACCAAAGGACCCGGCCUCAAUCGACCACCUCCAAGACGAAUGGCAUCACAUCAUCCUCUCCGGGCCUGGCGUUUUCGUCCUAAAAAACUUCUAUCCAGACAGACAGCUGCUCGAACAUAUCAACGGCGUCUUCUCAGCGAUCAUUGCCUCAGAAACCCCAGGGUCCAAGGGCGACCAUUUUGCUGCGUCGGGAAAGAACGCACGGAUCUGGAAUUCGUUUCAGAAACACGCAGAGCGAGACCCGGGGUCGUUCGUAGAAUAUUAUUCGAAUCCUUGGCUGGCACGGGUAUGCGAGGCCUGGCUCGGCCCUGCGUACCAGGUCACUGCGCAAGUCAACAUCGUCAAGCCUGGUGGUCAACCGCAGGUGAGCCAUCGGGACUACCACCUCGGUUUCCAGACCGCAGAGGCAUGUUCACAGUUCCCCAAAGCGACACAGAUCGCAAGUCAGUUUUUGACACUGCAAGGCGCCGUGGCGCAUUCGGACAUGCCGCUUGAAAGCGGGCCGACGAGAUUCUUACCUUUCUCGCAGAUGUUCGAGGAAGGGUUCAUGGCGUACCGCAUCAAGGAGUUUCACGACUUCUUUAGUGAGCAUUGGGUCGGUGUCGAGUUGAAGAUGGGCGACGGAGUCUUUUUCAACCCGGCAUUAUUCCAUGCGGCGGGCGAGAAUCAAACGGCAACCAUCAACCGGAGCGCCAACUUGUUACAGAUCAGCAGUGCGUUUGGAAAGACAAUGGAACGUGUCGAUUCGGCGACAAUGAUUGCCAAGUGCUGGGGAGAUGUCACGACGAUGUACGCACAGGCUGGAACGAUGACAGAGGACAUACAUGCGAUUUUGAAAGCUAUUGGCGAUGGAUAUCCGUUUCCCACGAACUUGGAUCAUCGACCGCCUGCACCGGGGGGGAUGGCGCCUGAAAGUGAAAUCGAUAUUCUCAAGAAAGGUUUGAUGCAAGGAUGGGACACUGAGCAGGUGGUUUCGGCCAUCACAACGGUUCGAAAAGAUUCAUUGCCGUAA